AGCUACUGGGAGGGGACAGAACCAGGACAGAUGCCCCAGACUGGCCAAAAGGAUACCAUCUGAUGCUGUGCUCAGCAAUAAAAGCUGAGGCGAAAGAAGGAGGAGGGGGAUGUUCGGAGUGAUGGAGUUUGUCUUCCUGAGACACUGCUACACGUGACGAACCCUGCUUUCCUGGAAGUGGCUGAACAUCUGCCUGCUGAUGGGAAGUAGCAAGUGAAUUCCUUGUUUUGCUUUGCUUGUUAGAUGUGUAAUGAAGAUUUUGGAAAACGUGGAUGUAUGUUGAAGAUGUCUCUUCCAAGCCAGCGUCAUUCUCUUAUUACUAACCCUCCUCCACCAGAAUAUAUAAACACCAAAAAUAGUGGGUGUCAAACAAACCAACUUCAGUACUUACAGAGAGUGGUCAUGAAAGCCAUGUGGCGACACAACUUUUCCUGGCCGUUUCAUCAGCCCGUGGAUGCAGCAGCACUGAAUCUUCCAGAUUACUACAGCAUUAUAAAGAAACCCAUGGACCUGGGCACAAUUAAAAAGCGUCUGGAACAUAAUUACUACACAAAAGCUGCAGAAUGCAUUGAUGACUUCAAAACUAUGUUCUUGAACUGCUACAUAUAUAACAAGGCAGGUGAUGACAUUGUGUUUAUGGCCCAAGAACUAGAAAAAGUGUUCACGCAGAAAAUAGCACAAAUGCCACCAGAAGAAAUACUGAUUCCUGACAAAGGAAAAAGAAAAGAAAAGCUGCCAGAAGAAACUCGGCAGACAAACAGUGGGACUUCAUCUAAACAGAGCACAAGGCAGAAACAAGCUGAAAGGGGAGAGCAGCCUACAUUGGUAACUCAAGAGCUACAGAAGGCUACAUCACCUCCUUUGUCUGCAGCUCAGCUGACUGCUUUAAUGCCAACUGCCAUCCCUAUCACAAAAACAAAAAAAGGUGUGAAAAGGAAGGCUGACACUACGACUCCUACUACUUCAACACUCACAACAAGCAGUGAAUCUUCCGCAACAUGUAACAAAAGAAAAACUGUUAAAGCAGACAAAGGUGAAAAUGAAUCUAGGAUACCAAAGAAGAUUCUGAAGAAGGGCUUGCCAGAUUCUCAGCAAUCACCUAAAGUUCUCAAAAAGAUUCAGUUAUCAAAACAACUAAAAUAUUGUAAUGAAAUCCUCAAAGAAAUGUUCUCAAAGAAACAUUCAGCAUAUGCAUGGCCUUUCUUAAAAUCUGCGGAUGUGGAAUCCUACUCGGUUGGUGAGCAAAAAGGAGUUGCCAAAUGUCCUACAGAUCUGGGAACCAUUAAAAAAAAAAUGGAUAACUUUGAAUAUAGAGAUAUACAAGAAUUUGCUGCAGAUGUUAGAUUAAUGUUCAUGAAUUGCUACAAAUGUAAUUCUCCAGACCAUGAAGUGGUCGCCAUGGCAAAAAAACUUCAGGAUGUUUUUGAGACUCAAUUCGCCAAAAUUCCUGAUGAGCCAGCUACAAGUGGUGUUCUGCCACAGCACACAAGAGACAUUACAAAAGGUUAUUCCAGUGACAGCAGCAGUGAUGACUCUUCAGAAGAGAAAUCAUCUGAAGACUUUGAAAAGGAGAGAACAGCAUACCUUGCAAAGCUUCAGGAGCAGCUUAAAGCUGUUCACCAGCAGUUGCAGGCUUUGACCAGAGCAUCCUUACCUAGAUGGAAAAAGAAAAAAGAGAAGGCUAAAAGAGAAAAGGGGAAGAACAAGAGCAAAGCUAAAGCAAGCCUGAUUCAAAAGAAGAAAGAUCUAAUACACAAAAAGUCUAAGAAAAAGCACUCUUCAAACAUUCAAUCAAAGGAAGCCAUCCAGCAGAUCUUGUUGGCACAUAAGUCAGAAGAUGAUGAUGGUGCCAAGCCUAUGAAUUAUGAUGAAAAAAGGCAGUUGAGUUUGAACAUAAAUAAGCUGCCUGGAGAUAAGCUUGGAAAAGUAGUCCAUAUAAUACAAUCAAGAGAACCGUCACUGAGGAAUUCUAGCCCCGAUGAGAUAGAAAUAGACUUUGAAACUUUAAAGGCUUCAACACUCAGAGAAUUAGAGAGUUAUGUGGCAACCUGUCUGAGGAAGAGACCAAGAAAGCAGCAUGCCAAAAAAGCAAUGAAGCCAAAAGAACAGCUUCUUUCUGAGAGGAAACAAGAGCUGGAGAAAAGACUACUGGAUGUCAACGGUCAGCUAAAUCCAAAGAGAGAGAACUUCAAAUUUGAAAGCAGAGCUGAGUCUAGUUUUGGACCAAGCCGACUGAGUGAAAGCAGCAGCAGCCUCUCCGACUCAGGCAGCAGCACUAGCAGUGCUUCCAGCUCCUCAGACAGCAGUGACUCUGAAUCGGUUACGGAAACAUGCUCAGAACAGAAUGGAAUGAGGCCAAACUGCCUAACUUUGGAACAACCUAAGAGACCAUCACUGUGCUUACAGAGAAUGUCCUACAACACUGUUCUGCAAGUACAGCCCUCAUCUAUCACUAGUAGCCUGCAAAGCUAUGGAUCACCCAAACCACAGCUGUCACCUGAACCACAGCUGUUGUCUCCCACUGGGCAACAGAAGCUUAAGCCUUUACAAAGUAGAUCUCUUAAAACAGCAGAACAAAAUACCAAAUCUCCCUCAGGUAUGCUUACGGGUGUUUGUGCUUCGCAUGACACUUCAGCCAAGCAAAUGCCUCAGACUGCUCCAAGGACAGAUCAGCCUUUUGGUAACCAGUGUACACAGGCCGUUCCAGAGGUAUCCAAUACAGCUUCCCCUGUUGACAGUGCUGAUGGGACUAAAGCUGAAAAAACAUUACUUAAUCUCGAUGAAGUUCAAAGCAAAGCCAGUGAGAGAACUGCUGAUUCAGAAUCUAUAAACCAAGAGAGUCACUGUAAUAAACCUAAUGGUACAAAGACUCCAGAGACAAAACCCCAGAGCUCUCCAGAAAGGGCCACAGUAAUUAAGAACAUAGACUCCUGGGUAAGCUUAUGCAAAACGAUGACGGUUCCAGCUCCAAUAAAGUCAUCUGCUGAGAGCUUCAAGCACUUCAGGAAAGUAGCCUUACAGAAAGCAGCUGGGCAAGCACAGGAAAAAGAGAGGGUCCAUAAAGGCACAGGAUUGGAUGCCACAGCAAUGAAAGACUGUAAGCCCACAAAAGAAGAGGAUAUGAGCAAACAAUUGCCAGAAGCUCAGCAACAGCCUCUAGUUAAGGACCGUAACUUGGCUAGAAAAAUGGAACAAGAACGCAGACGGAGAGAAGCAAUGGCUUGUACAAUUGAUAUGAAUUUGCAGAGUGAUAUUAUGACAACUUUUGAAGAAAACCUUGAAUGAAAAUGGCGGUUAAUGUAGAACUUAACUUUGGUACCACGGCUGACUGUACGACUUUGAAAAUGUAAUAGUUAGGAGCUUAAACACUGAAAUCACUUAAAGAGCAUGGAAGCUCCUGUAAAUGCUUGAUAUGGAAAGUUUGCUCUACUGAUUACAGUUCAUAUUUUGUGUGUACAUAUGCAUGAUUUUUCUAAUCCUUUAAUCCAUUUUUUUUUCAGAAGCACUUCAGAAUCUGUUAUACAGUUCACAGCCAAAUUCUCUGUGUGUGUUAAAUUUAGUGUGCUAAAUGUGCAACUAUAGAAACUACAUUAAAUCAAAGUCUUGCUAAUUAUAUGAUUAUUAUUAAGACAGUCAUUUGUUACGAUAUUUGCGCAAAGCGCAGGCUGUGACAAAAUAUUUUAUAACAGUGAUUUCAACAGAGUGUGUAACAUUACUUACAAUCAGAAAACAGUACUUCCUGGAUUUCUAAUCUCAGCAGUAAAUCUAAUUCACUUGCAAAUCCUAUACACUUGCAUGCCUUAAGGUAUAGACACAUUGAUCUUCUGUUUAAUGUAUUUUACGUUAAUGUUAUCAGUGUGCAAGCAUGUUUGCCAGAUGGUUCUGAUUUUCCAUGGAAAGAAAUGAUCUAAAAUACUCCCUUUCUGGAUCCAGUUUGAAGGGCUUUCUGUUUAAGGCAAGUUUUUAAUAAUGUUGAGAUACUUAUCUGAAGUAGAAACUAGUCUAAAAGAUCUAUAUUCUUGUUGAUUACAUACUAUUUUCUCAAACUAAGUACAAGAUUAAUUAGACGUUUCCUUAUAGAAUUAAUACCAAAAUACAGCAUGUACUAUGGAAAUGUUGGAGGAAGAGUCACUCUUGGGAUAAUCUGGCUUAGUGAUCUCAAAUUGUUUUGACCAUGCAGCCAUCAGUAAAAAAAAAAAUGAGCAUGUAACAGGCAUCCUUAUUCAUUUAUAAAUUAUGUACAACUGUACAAAUAUUACAUGCACUGUAAAACGGACAAAGAUAGAAAUUAAAGGAUUAAAUAAACACUACUUUAUUCUACUAACAGUACCAAAAAUAAAUUUUCUUCCUGCACCUCA